AUGGCCAAAAAAAUUCAGCAAAUCAAUAUCAAUUUGAAAAGAAUCAAUGAAGGAGCAAGGAACUUUAGCCUCCUGUCACAAACUGGAGCCAGAGAUGCACCCGCUCUUUCUCCUCCUAGUGGAGGGGGACUUAUGAAGAAUAGAGAAACUGACUCUGUUACUGUUGAUACGAGUUUUGUUGGAAAAGAUGAUGAUGUUUCAGCAAUAAUAACACAAUUGAUUGCCACGAGGAAUAAUGAAACUAUCUUAACUAUCUUUGUUCUUCCCAUAGUAUGCAUGGGCGGGAUUAGGAAGACCACAUUGGCUCGAAAAGUUUUCAACGAUCCAAGGAUUGAAAAGCAUUUUGAAAAAUCAUUACAACUCAAAGGGCUUGAUGUUGAGAGUAGGGAAGCCAAAGUGAAGCAGCUUAAGCAAUUAUUGAAUGGUAAAAAGUAUCUCCUGGUCUUGGAUGAUGUGUGGAAUGAGGAGUCCACACCGUGGAAUUAG